CAGACUCACUGUGGAACCUUAGAGGAGUCACUUUACCCUUUGUUUCUCCAUCUAUACAAUGGGGAGAGUGUUUCUUUCUGGACAUCAUUUAGGGGCUGUGUACUAUAUUCAGUGGUGGCUGCUGUUAAACUGAGUGCCACAGGGAUGACUGCAUACUCCUACAAAUAAUAUUAACUAAGUGCUGCACAGCAACUGCAUGGUUUCUAUAUUGCCUGUAGAUUAAAAAGUACCUGAAGCAUUUUCUGAUAAUUUUCUGCACACAGAAAAAGGGAGAAGUUGUUCACAGGCCUGGAAUCUGAUUUUGAAGAAUACAGAACCUACGGAACACUUAAAUGAUAAAUCCCAGAGAAAACUCAUCAGAGAAACCUAUUAUAAGAUAACCUUUGUCAUAGGAUGGCUGACCAGCAUCAGAACUUCAAUAUGACAGAUGACCAUUUGGUGAGCCAAGCUAGAUGGAACCCAACAGGCUCUCCCCUCCACAUACCAGUUGAUGAUGGAUCUGAUGAACCAGGGUCUGAGGCUUCUGAUGCUAAGAGUACCCCAACUGUGGAAGAGGCUACUGCACCAUUAGUGGAGGAGGGAGCACAUGAAAACCGGACUGCAGCUCAGCAGUAUGUAGAGAUACCUGAAGGAACCACAGCUGAGGAAGCAGUCAUAGUCUCUACUCAUAACCAUGAGGCCCAUGCUGCCGGGGAUGCUCAAGCUGAUGGCUCCCUCUACUUCAGAGUUGUUUUGAAAGAAGAUGUGUUUGGGCAGGGGAAGGAUCAAGACAGGGACACUGAUGAAACAGCUCAGCAGAACAUUCUGGAUGAGAGAGAGCCAUUCUUUUCAGAAGAAAGGUGUACCACAGUUGCAGAACUUGAGUCCCUAAAGAAUUUUUACCAAGCUGAAGUUGAUGCUAAUAUCCAGAAGGAGAGUGAAGUCUUGGAUAAUAAACUAGAAGUAGGCAAGCUUUUGGAAGAGAUCAUUUCCCUGGAAGGGGAGACAAUGGAUACAGUGCAGAACACAGAACGGCAGAAGGCUCAUGGAAAGAAAGCUGCCAGUACACCAGAGAAGCAGAGCAGCCGGUUGCCACUUCCGAAAGCUCGUAUGGACAGCAAAGAUAAGAAUGAGAUUGCGACCGAAGAGCCCAAACCAAAGACAUUCAUACCUGCCUCUGUCAAAACCCUGAAACACAGAUCUUCUGUUACCCCUAAGCGAAACUCCUCUGUUAGUUCUAUUCCUUUGAAAAAAAACUCCAGUCCUGCUGAGUCCUCAGUACCUGUUCCUGCCCCUAAAUGCAUUUCCUCUAUUGCAUCCCGACCAACCACUACAGGAACAAAAGAGAAAAAAUACAAGGGUCCAGAUAUGAAAAAUGCAUCGAAGAUAGCAGCUCCACGAGCCCCUGUGGCACAGAACCAGAAGAGCCCAGCCAGUGCUUCACGGAUCCCUGCCAAAACUCCCAGUGUUCCCAAGACACCACCCAGCCUAGCUGCAAAGAAGGAGCAAAGAAGGCCCCCUAGUACAGCAGCAAAAUCUGAGAGAGGUGAACCAGUGAAGUCUGGAGAUAGAAGUGGCUACAGCAGCCCUGGCUCUCCAGGAACCCCGGGCAGCCGCUCCCGCACACCCUCUUUGCCAACUCCACCAAACAGGGAGCCGAAAAAGGUAGCGGUGGUUCGCACUCCACCAAAAUCACCUUCUUCUGCCAAGAGCCGCUUACAGACAGCUCCUGCUCCUAUGCCAGAUCUGAAGAAUAUCAAGUCCAAGAUUGGUUCCACUGAUAACUUGAAGCAUCAGCCAGGGGGUGGAAAGGUGCAGGUGACUAAUAAGAAGCUGGACUUUAGCCAUGUCCAAUCCAGGUGUGGAUCAAAGGAUAAUAUCAAACAUGUCGCAGGAGGAGGCAGUAUACAGAUUGUUUACAAGCCAGUGGAUCUCAGCCACGUAACAUCCAAAUGUGGUUCUUUGGACAAUAUUCAUCAUAAACCAGGUGGUGGGCAGAUAGAGGUGAAAUCUGAGAAACUGGAUUUCAAAGAUAAAGUGCAGUCUAAAAUCGGUUCAUUAGAUAACAUUACCCAUGUCCCUGGAGGAGGAAAUAAAAAGAUUGAGAGUCACAAGCUGUCUUUUCGUGAGAAUGCCAAAGCCAAGACUGACCAUGGAGCUGAAAUUGUCUACAAAUCACCCACUGUUUCUGGAGAUGCCUCCCCACGUCGCCUUAGCAACGUCUCCUCCACUGGAAGCAUCAACAUGGUGGACUCCCCACAGCUGGCCACAUUGGCCGAUGAAGUGUCUGCUUCUCUGGCCAAGCAGGGCUUGUGAUUGUGUUUAAGUGGGUGGAGCGAAGAAGAAAAGAAUCCACUCUGGCCUUUCUUCCUCUGUUCCUUUAUACACCUGCAUCCCUCGCCAUUGAUUUUCCCCCUACUAAUGGGCUCUUUUAAUCUGCUCCCCGUUUUGCCAUUUAUUCAUUGUCUCUAGCCAUGGGAUUCCAAAUUUAUUUAUGCCUUGGAAACAAAAGAUUCUUACCCUGUUUCCAGAGAUCUCAAAUCUAGAGAAACACAUCCUUUCACUUCUUACCCUGAAACAAAAGGAAAUGUAAUUGCUUGCUGGGGAAGCUUAUCGCUGUUUUAAAGCUCGGUUGUGAGGAAGGAGGAAUGGUUUCUGGUACCGUACUUGUGCAUGAGUGAGUCAAGCUUGUCCCCUUAGACAUAGAAAUGAGCCUCUUCUAUUGUGAUUGUCUAGUAAACGUACUGACAGAUUCCUGAGGGAUGCUUUCAGGCAGUGUUACACCUGUUUGUUAAAGAGUAUGGAUAGAGUACAAUUCAAAUAUACAAUCACAAUAUUCAGUGUGAAGUGACAUCCUGGGGGAAAUGAAUUUUCAGUACAGUAUUUUCCUUUUGAAGGAGGAGAGAUUUCCACACUGAAGAGAGAAGAAAAGCUCAGUUAUAAUACAUAUCUUUAUUUUUAUUUUGGGCGUUUUCCUGGAGUUCUGCUGUAACUUAUCAUAUUUAAGGGCCAAUAUUUUCCUCUUGCAAUUAAAAGGCAUAAGGUGAAACUGCAUUUGAAUCCUCCAUGUUGCAUGCUCUCCAUCCCAUUUUUUUGAAAUGAUGCAUUUAAGGAGCAGCGCAGCACCUUGUUUUCUUCUCCAUUUGCAAUUAAUAUCCCCUAUUAGAACCAUAUUUAGUCAUGUUUUGGGUAGACCCAUUAAAACUAGAGUAAUUAAAAUUAACUGUGACUGACACUUAUUAAAAUCAAUGGGACAUACUAAAUAUGAUUAAUCCAUUGGUUUUUAAUUUUCAUACCCCCUUUUCCACCUCUUUCUCACCACAGCAAUUUCUGGUGCAAUACCACUCCCAUGCCAUCCUCACUUUUUUCUUACCUGCCCAAAUAAUACCUUAGAUUCUAUAGUGCCGGGGACGUCUCUUUUACUCUUGCUGUAGCACUUCUGUGACACGACAACCUGAAACAAGGUCUUGGGGAGCAGAGCAAGGUGGCUCAUUAACUGGAGAUGUGUUCCUUGUGCAUGGCGGAAAUGGCUUGGCUUAUUCUCUUAGUUCCUAUGGGAAAGGUGUGUAUAUGUGUGAGUAGAAAUUUGUGAGGUAGAGUGGUGGAUCUGGGGAUUUUUGUUUUGAGGACAUUUGAAGUAUGUGCAGAUGACAGAUGGAAGGCCAGUUCUCUCAAAGAACACCUCUACUGAAAUUUGGGGAUCAUGUGCAUCCUUGUGCCUGUGAGGCCCUUUUCAUAAUACGCAUGCUUGUCACUUGGUAUCUGCAAGAAGCAUGGCAGGUCAAACACAACAGAUAGGCUCAGAUAAAAUGCUUACCUUGCAGAGAGGUCACAAUGUCCAAGUUGCCACAUGUUGUUCCCUUCAUAUAUAGUAGUUUUAUGAGGCAAGUGUGCAUGGCUCAAAGCAGCCCCGCUUAACCAAAUCAGCAGGGGCUUUUAGAAGUUCAGUCUUGCUCAGGCCUUUUUUUGUAGGGGAGGGAAGCUUGUGUUUCAGAUUGGUAGGAAGUGUAACAGCAGUUUCCUGAAUGCAAAUUGUAUCUGUUCACUUCUGCUUAACAACAGCUUCUUUGGUUGGGAAAGCAGAUGUUUCUGUGAUAAGGAUAUGUGUUCUUUGCAAACCCAUUUCAUCCCUGUUGUAUAGAAUCUUCAGUUCCAGCUAUAAUUGCCUCUGCCUAGAGUCGCAGUUUGGGGAGAGGCAGUAUCCUGCUGUAGGUCGAGUCAACUGCAGCGCUGUGAGCACAUUCUGAUUUUAGAGGAACAUAGAUCUUACAUCUAGAGCUGUUCAUGACUGCAGUUGAAUGGGGAUAACUGUUGCCCUCAGACACCGCCAUUGUUGGUUGGGAUGCUCACCCUCCCCAUUUCUAUCUCCCCAAUAUGAAUUUCUAAGUAGAGCAGGCACCCCCAAACACAUGCAGUUAUGGUAUGUUAACAUAGCCUCAGAAACAACAACCGGCUUGAGCUAAACUAGUGCAGUUAAUUCAGAUUAGAUUCUCUAGCACAGUUGUGCUCAUUCCCCUUUACACUUUCCAAACAUAGCAGAUGACAAAAAGAUACAGAGCACAUACUUUUUUGGGAAGCUAUAUUCCUGGCUAGAUAGGUGGAACUUAGAAAGCUGUUUAACACAGAAAUAUGGAGGCCUGAGUGAGCCAGGGAAACAAGUUGCAUCAUUUGGAGUGUGUCACUGAAAACACAGCAACAAAUAUGUUUUGACCUUGCUGAACUGCCUGGAAGGUGGCAAGUGGAUGUUGAAAUGUCCCUUUUGUCAUACAAAUCAAGACAGUCAAGUGUUUUCCAAACAUUUUAUUUCAGUACCCGUAAUACUUAUAUUCUUACAUCUAACUUGCAGAUAGCAUCUUGGCUUGGGAGAACUUUAACCCACCUUCUGUUCCUGCAUUAAAUACAGAAGUAAAAAGGUUUAAUAUCCACAGUUUUUUUCUAUGGCACCCAUUCAGUGUUGUUCCUUGUGAACGCCUCUUUCCACCACAUUCUUGAGUGCGCUGUAUGAGACACCAUAGUAGUUUAAAAAAAUAGACUGACCUCAGCAUGUUUUUGCCUUUCGCACUCAUGCAGCAGAAAUAAUAUUUCUGAGGAUCUUAUUUGAUUGAAAGUUGUAGGAUUUAAUGACAUGUGGGCAUAGCAUGUUGGCAAAUAAACCCCAAUGUUGUUGUUGGUUAUUCUGCUCCAUUGCAGUGCCCAUAUGACAAGUCCGAAGAGCUGCACAAUGCAGGUCAUUAGCAAAUUAAGUUGUUCUUCUUUUCUCUCUAAUGAUUGUAUGAUGCUAUGUUUAAAACAAAGCCUGUAAUUAUCUUUGAAUUUACUUUAAUAUGUGAGUAAAUUUGCACAUCUUACCUUGAAAGUGAAUAAACUGCUUUAGUUAUUUAUAUUAUGAUGCAGCUUGGCAUAACCCCCCUGCAUUAGUUGUACAUGUCAGUUUUACAUUAGCAUAAACUAUGUAAAAUGUCAAGUUUUUCAACAUCAAAGUAAUGAAAAGCAAUCAUAUUUUAAAAUAUAAUUCUCUCCCCCCUCCCAAAUAUUACUAAAUAGCCUGGUCCGCCAUCCACUGAUUUCAUUUUUCAAAUCGUCCAGUUCCUGAAGCACCAGAUACAUUAUUUAAAUAUUCUUUCUAUUCCCCCCCCAACAAUAAAUCUAGCCUAAUCCAUAGCAGCUGUUCCCCAACGUGGAUUUUUUUUAAUGACUUGCUUUAGGAUACACAGGCAUCAUUUUUCCAGAUAGUUAGACCCUUGAGGGUUCAAUCUAGGUCCAUGUCAAACUGUCUGGCGGAUGUCUUGUCUUGGUAUAUAACUAUACAUAUCUAGGGGUGUGAAUAAGUAUUAAACUUGGCAGAUGAAAAUCAUGGUUUUGAAGUUAAGAACAAGAAAGAAUAGUGGGCUUUGUUACAUGAACGUGGAAGUAUAAAAAAAGGAUAAUGGAGUUUAGAAGACCCACAAUUCUCUUUUAAAGUUUUUUCGGGGGUGGGCAAUGAAUGGGGAGGGGGUGGUAAGGGAGUAAGAUCUCCGUAUGAUCAUCAUAGCUUAGCUACCUGUCUGUGACUGUCCAUAUUGUAUUUGUGUGUUUUAACAAAUGGUUUACACUGACUGUUGCUGUAAAAGUGAAUUUGGAAAUAAAAAAGUCAUUACUACAAUAUUAAA